AUGCUACGACAGUUUUAUCUCUGGAAAUGGUUAGCUUCAGGGAUUAUCCUCGCAGCCCUCUUCACAAUCUGCUUCAGCCAGUAUGAUGAUGAUUGCAAACUAGCUAGGGGAGGACCGCCAGCCACCAUAGUUGCUAUCGAUGAAGAGAGUCGGAACGGUACGAUUCUGGUGGAUAACAUGCUGAUCAAAGGGACUGCUGGAGGACCAGACCCCACCAUCGAACUUUCCUUAAAGGACAACGUGGAUUACUGGGUGUUGCUGGACCCUGUUCAGCAAAUGCUCUUCCUGAACAGCACGGGCAGAGUUCUGGAUAGAGACCCCCCGAUGAACAUACACUCCAUCGUGGUGCAAGUCCAGUGCAUCAACAAGAAGGUGGGCACUGUGAUCUACCAUGAAGUUCGAAUCGUGGUGAGGGACAGGAAUGACAACUCGCCCACAUUCAAACACGAGAACUACUAUGCCACCGUGAAUGAGCUCACUCCAGUUGGCACCACGAUAUUUACAGGAUUUUCAGGAGACAAUGGAGCUACAGACAUAGAUGAUGGACCAAAUGGACAGAUAGAAUACGUUAUCCAAUAUAAUCCUAAUGAUCCGACAUCUAAUGACACCUUCGAAAUUCCCCUCAUGUUAACUGGAAAUGUGGUGUUAAGGAAGAGGCUCAACUAUGAAGAUAAGACUCGGUACUUUGUCAUCAUCCAAGCUAAUGACCGUGCACAAAAUCUGAAUGAGCGGCGAACCACCACCACCACCCUCACAGUGGACGUUCUGGAUGGAGAUGACUUGGGUCCUGUGUUUCUUCCUUGUGUCCUGGUGCCAAACACACCUGAUUGUCGCCCACUCACCUACCAAGCCGCCAUCCCUGAAUUGAGAACUCCGGAAGAACUGAACCCCAUCACCGUUACCCCGCCCAUCCAAGCUGUUGACCAGGACCAGAAUAUUCAGCCGCCAUCAGAUAGGCCAGGCAUCCUCUACUCCAUCCUUGUUGGGACUCCUGAGGAUUACCCACGAUUUUUCCAUAUGCAUCCUAGGACUGCAGAACUUAGUCUCCUGGAGCCAGUAAACAGAGACUUUCACCAGAAAUUUGAUUUGGUUAUUAAGGCUGAACAGGACAAUGGCCAUCCUCUUCCUGCCUUCGCCAGUCUCCAUAUUGAAAUCCUGGAUGAAAACAAUCAGAGUCCGUAUUUCACGAUGCCCAGUUACCAGGGCUAUAUCCUGGAAUCCGCCCCAGUGGGAGCAACCAUCUCCGACAGUCUGAAUUUGACCUCCCCUCUGAGGAUUGUGGCUCUGGACAAGGAUAUAGAAGAUAUGAAAGACCCAGAGCUUCACCUUUUCCUGAAUGAUUACACCUCAGUCUUCACUGUUACACAAACUGGCAUUACUCGCUACCUCACCUUACUUCAGCCAGUGGACAGGGAAGAACAGCAGACUUACACUUUUUCGAUAACGGCAUUCGAUGGUGUGCAGGAGAGUGAGCCAGUUAUUGUCAAUAUUCGGGUGAUGGAUGCAAAUGAUAACACUCCAACCUUCCCUGAAAUAUCCUACAAUGUCUAUCUGUAUACAGACAUGAGCCCCGGCGACAGUGUCAUUCAGCUCACAGCCGUGGACGCCGACGAAGGGUCCAACGGGGAGAUCACGUACGAAAUCCUGGUGGGGGCUCAGGGCGACUUCAUCAUCAACCACACCACGGGGCUCAUCACCAUCGCCCCGGGGGUGGCACUGACGGUGGGGCGCACCUACGCGCUCACGGUCCAGGCCGCGGAUAAUGCGCCUUCCGCGGAGAGAAGGCACUCCAUCUGCACGGUGUACAUUGAAGUGCUUCCUCCAAAUAAUCAAAGCCCUCCCCGCUUCCCACAGUUGAUGUACAGCCUCGAAAUCAGUGAAGCCAUGAGGAUUGGUGCUGUUUUAUUAAAUCUACAGGCAACUGAUAGAGAGGGAGACCCAAUAUCAUACACCAUUGAGAACGGAGAUCCUCAACGAGUUUUUAAUCUUUCGGAAACUACUGGGAUUCUAACUUUAGGGAAAGCCCUGGACAGGGAGAGCACCGAUCGCUACAUUCUAAUCAUCACUGCUUCAGACGGCAGGCCCGAUGGGACCUCUACUGCUACCGUAAAUGUGGUGGUGACAGAUGUCAAUGACAAUGCACCAGUGUUCGACCCCUUUCUGCCUAGAAACCUGUCUGUGGUGGAGGAAGAAACCAAUGCCUUUGUGGGCCAAGUACGGGCAACAGACCCUGAUGCUGGAAUAAAUGGCCAAGUGCAUUAUAGUUUGGGCAACUUCAAUAAUCUCUUCCGCAUCACAUCCAAUGGGAGCAUUUACACAGCUGUGAAGCUUAACAGAGAGGUCAGGGACUACUACGAGCUUGUUGUUGUGGCCAUGGACGGAGCAGUGCAUCCCCGUCACUCAGUGCUCACACUGGCCAUCAAAGUUUUGGAUAUCGACGAUAACAGUCCUGUGUUCACCAAUUCAACGUAUACUGUGGUCGUGGAGGAGAACCUGCCGGCUGGGACCACCUUCCUCCAGAUAGAGGCCAAAGAUGUUGACCUUGGAGCAAAUGUGUCUUAUCGGAUCCGAAGCCCAGAAGUAAAGCACUUUUUUGCACUACAUCCAUUUACAGGAGAACUUUCCCUUUUAAGGAGCUUGGACUAUGAGUCAUUUCCGGAGCAGGAAGCAAGCAUCACGUUUCUCGUGGAGGCCUUCGAUAUUUAUGGAACGAUGCCACCAGGCAUUGCCACUGUCACAGUGAUAGUAAAGGAUAUGAAUGAUUAUCCGCCCGUAUUUAGUAAACGGAUCUACAAGGGGAUGGUGGCUCCGGAUGCCGUGAAGGGCACACCCAUCACAACCGUUUAUGCUGAAGAUGCAGACCCCCCUGGGUUACGUGCAAGUCAUGUGAGGUACAGAGUAGAUGAUGUCCAGUUUCCUUAUCCUGCCAGUAUUUUUGACGUAGAAGAAGAUUCUGGAAGAGUAAUAACUCGAGUCAAUCUUAACGAAGAGCCUACAACAAUUUUUAAGCUGGUGGUUGUUGCUUUUGAUGAUGGUGAGCCUGUGAUGUCCAGCAGCGCCACAGUGAAAAUUCUUGUCUUACAUCCUGGAGAAAUCCCACGCUUCACGCAAGAGGAAUAUAGACCUCCUCCAGUGAGUGAACUUGCCACCAGAGGGACUAUGGUUGGAGUGAUUUCAGCAGCGGCCAUCAACCAGAGUAUUGUGUACUCCAUAGUUUCAGGAAACGAAGAAGAUAUGUUCGGAAUUAACAACAUCACAGGUGUUAUCUAUGUGAAUGCCCCCCUGGAUUAUGAGACCAGGACAAGCUACGUACUUCGCGUCCAGGCUGAUUCCCUGGAAGUGGUCCUCGCCAAUCUCCGAGUCCCUUCGAAAAGCAAUACGGCUAAAGUGUAUAUUGAGAUUCAGGAUGAAAAUGAUCAUCCCCCAGUGUUUCAGAAAAAAUUCUACAUUGGAGGUGUAUCUGAAGAUGCAAGGAUGUUUACUUCUGUGCUCAGAGUUAAGGCUACUGACAAAGAUACUGGCAAUUACAGUGCCAUGGCUUACCGACUCAUCAUUCCACCCAUUAAAGAGGGAAAAGAAGGAUUUGUGGUGGAAACGUAUACGGGGCUCAUCAAAACUGCUAUGCUCUUCCACAACAUGAGAAGGUCCUACUUCAAAUUCCAAGUCAUCGCAACUGACAACUAUGGGCAGGGACUGAGUGGCAAAGCGGAUGUUCUGGUUUCCGUGGUCAAUCAGCUGGACAUGCAGGUCAUUGUUUCCAAUGUGCCCCCAACUCUGGUGGAAAAGAAGAUAGAAGAUCUCACAGAGAUUUUGGAUCGCUAUGUUCAGGAGCAAAUUCCUGGUGCCAAGGUGGUGGUAGAGUCCAUUGGUGCUCGCAGGCAUGGGGACGCCUUUUCUCUAGAAGAUUAUACCAAAUGUGACCUGACUGUCUACGCAGUCGACCCCCAGACCAACCGAGCCAUAGACAGAAAUGAGCUUUUUAAAUUUCUGGAUGGCAAACUGCUUGAUAUCAAUAAAGACUUCCAGCCGCAUUACGGGGAAGGAGGACGCAUUUUGGAGAUCCGCACUCCAGAGGCAGUGACCAGCAUUAAAAAACGAGGAGAAAGUCUGGGCUACACGGAAGGGGCCUUGCUGGCACUCGCCUUCAUCAUCAUCCUCUGCUGUAUUCCUGCCAUUUUGGUGGUUCUGGUCAGCUACAGACAGUUUAAAGUCCGCCAAGCUGAGUGCACCAAGACAGCGCGAAUCCAGUCGGCCUUACCUGCGGCCAAGCCCGCGGCGCCCGCACCAGCACCCGUGGCCGUGCCCCCGCCGCCCCCGCCUCCCCCUGGGGCGCACCUGUACGAGGAGCUGGGGGACAGCACCAUUUGGAGUUUUUGUUGGCAGCCAGUUAUAUGCAUGAGAACUUGUGCUAUUUGGCGGACUCUGACAAGGAGAGGUUAUGCAUCAGAGCAACAGCAACUCCUGAGGCCUUCUCUUCUUAAACCAGAGGAGUUAUCCAUGGAGUCUGGAAUUGAUCCUGGCCAGGAAUAUGGACAAGAUUAUUACAGUUAUGAGCAUGGGUAUGAGAUGCCUCAAUAUGGAAGCCGUCGCCGUCUGUUACCACCGGCUGGACCAGAGGAGUAUGGUGAGGUAGUUGGUGAAGCCGAGGAGGAGUAUGAGGAGGAAGAGUGGGCGAGAAAAAGAAUGAUCAGGUUAGUUGUGGAUCGCGAGUACGAAACGAGCUCCGCCGGAGAAGACAGUGCUCCGGAGUGUCAGAGGAGCCGCCCUCACCGUCCCACCACACACAGUAACAUCAACGGCGACAUCUACAUUGCCCAGAACGGGUCCGUGGUGAGAACCCGCCGUGCCUGCCUCACUGACACCUUAAAAGCAACUUCCCCUGUCCGACUGGGGAGGCAUUUUAAGAAACUUGACAAGUUGGCAGUGACACACGAGGAGAAUGUCCCCCUGAACACGUUAUCGAAGGGGCCGUUCUCUACCGAGAAGAUGAACACGAGACCCACUCUGGUUACGUUUGCCCCUUGCCCUGUGGGGACCGAUGGUACCGCAGGGAAGCCAUUGGGGCCCAGGCUGAAAAGCACAGUUGAACAGGAGUCCAUGGUUGACAGUAAGAACAUCAAGGAGACUUUGGAAUUCCCUAGUGACCACACACGCUCAGACGACGAGGAGCUUUGGAUGGGCCCCUGGAACAACCUCCAUAUACCAAUGACAAAACUGUGACUGAUUUUUUUAAAAAGUUAUUUUGAUUUUUACUUCAGUUUUUAAUAAACUGUGCUUUUUAUUGUCACUGAGAAAAUGAUGUAUGGGAUUUAUAUCAUGCACACAAGCUAAAACUUUGAACAAUAUGCUUUAAAGAAGUUUAAAAAGAGACAAAUUUGCACUCGCCUUUGUAUCAAUUAAUUGUUCUUCCCAGAAAAUCU